GGCGGGCUUUAAGCGUGGAUGGGCGGGCUUUAAGCGUGGAUGGGCGGGCUUUGUCCCGCGUCGCGUGGGCUCGUUCGCGCAUGCGCAGCGAGGCGUUUGUAAGAACACGUCACGAGUGCGGCCCGGUGAGAAGGAGACGCAGGGACUCGGGCCAGGUUAAGACUAAUCCAUCAUGGACCAGGUGAUGACAUUCGUGGAGCCCGGCAGGCAGUUCGCCAAGGAUUCCAUCCGGCUUGUGAAACGCUGCACAAAGCCCGACCGCAAGGAGUUUCAGAAGAUUGCAAUAGCAACGGCAAUUGGCUUUGCCAUCAUGGGCUUCAUCGGCUUCUUCGUGAAACUCAUCCAUAUUCCCAUCAACAACAUCAUUGUUGGCAGUUAAGAUCAACUGGAGUUCUACUUUGAAAGAGAUGCUGUCACUUCUGGAGUUAACUUUAUAUCAUCAACAGUAAAUGCAAUAAUGUUGCAAAAUGUGUCCAAUAUUUUACCAGCAGUUUUUGACAUUCAGUUUUGUCUUGUCUUAUGAAUAAAGCCCAUGUGAGUGUUGAUAUUACUGAAAUGUCUCUUUUAAUGUACUGAAAUACACUGACCACUGCUGGGUGAAGGUCUCUCAACAUCCAUGGUCUUGCAAUGUUACAGACCAUCUUACCCUGCGGUACAUGAAGUGAUUUAAUCUCGAUCAAGUGGUGACUAUCCUCAGAGGGUGUUUCUGUCCUUUGGCUGCCAUUCCAUAACCAGCCUUGACCAUUGACAGGCCAGUCUUCCACGAAUUAGGAAACAUGCAAAUUAGAGUCUUGGCUGCGAAGAAAAUUAAGUGGGAUGGGGCUCGACAUAAAAUCUGCUUAUAACUUAAAACGACCUCGGGGAAAACCAUUACUGAUGUGGCUUUGCUUCAGGGGACUAAUACCAUUGGAGCACUGAGCAAACAUCACAUCCUCGGCUUGAUUCCAGGUCACACCACCUUGUCAAGUAUUGACAAGUUGAUGGGUGAUAUUAUUCACCCAGUCAUUAGCCACACAAACCUGCCAUGUUAUAUUUAAUCGUUUCAGCUCUGAGGAUUUAAAUGUUCCAUUUGCCACACUGCUUUGUGCGAAGUUCCAUUUCGUGUGUAUAAGAGCAAUCAAAUCUUGAGGUUUUUGAGAGGCUGCUCCCACGGAGCGAUCCAUAGCUUUUUCGAGUUGUGCUUGCAAUCGCAGUCUGAACGUAAUUGUGAAAAUAAACAUUGCUUGUGUUUAGCAUGGAGAGAUUGGUUAUGCAAUUAGGGUUUUAUUUAACUGCAGCAAUUUUAUGUAAUUCCUAAUUGAGUCUACCUUUCAAUUAACUCUUGAAUUAUCACAAAACAUUUGAUUGCAUUCAUGCAAUUCACCAUUACUCCAGAAAACGAAUAUUUUCACCCAGUGCACCUAGCCUUUGAAAACAAAGAGAAACAGUUUUGAAAGGCAUACGCACGAGAGUCAACAUUGGAAAUGUGAUGCAUUUGAAGGUCGAAUUCCGCCUUCACUCGGUGUCCUUUUGAUGUCAGAAGAGGGCAGUGCAGCUGAUGAUUAGUAUGAGUAGAAGUGGUUGUGUAGAGGUUGUUGGGCAGUCGACCUUGGAACCCCAAUCGCUUUGCGCUUGUCGGGAAUUAAUAUUGACGAGCGCGCUUCGUAAACGUGUUUUAAACGCUAAGAGCAGGUUAUCGCUAAACUAGUUAUCUACUAAUGCUGGACGAAGCCUGACAAUACGUGUACCGUCUACAAAUUAAUAGUACAUCACAUGACAAAUGAAUUUUAUGCACACAAAUCAACUUUCAACUAUUUUUGUGGACAGUCAUUUUAUUUGAUCAUUCCUGGGUGGUAUGGUAGUUGGUGCCUUGUGUUAAGAACCCCACUCAUUUGAGUUAGAUUUGCCAGCCGUGGAUUCAACAUUAUUGAACUGGCCUUGAGCUCUCCUUCAACCGUAUUGACCGACGUGGUCAAACAACCAACGGUGUAGGGAGGGGCCCUUCGGCAGUGGGUUGACCACGGCUUAUUAUGUUGGAAUGACGUGUGUAUCAAUAUUUGUGUAUUCUACUUAAUCUGGCACGAAGGGGUUUUGUGUCUGUGCUUCAUGAUUAAACUAUAAAACAUUAUUCCUGCACUAAAAUAUCUAAGAUACUUAACUAUUAUAGGCAUCUAAAACUCAUGUGGUUGUUUUUUAUGGCCAAAUCCCAUUCCGUUUGAAUGCGUAUUCAUACAGAUAUUUCUCAUUCGGUGGCGAAUUCAAAUGUACAAACUACACUGAGGUUUCGCAAAUUUGAGAGAUUACCACAAUAAAAAUUCGAUGCUAA